UGAGGAGAGGAGAGGAGAGAUUGAGAAUCUUAAUAGCAACUGUACUUUGGGGUGGAGCUUGUAGGUAAACUAAGCAGAAAUGAUCAACUGAAAACCUUGCAGAUGAAGUUAAUUUGGAGUAUUCAGCUUCUGUUGUACUAUUAGUCAGUUUGACUUCCAACCCCAGCCAUGAUGUUCAUCUGGUCAUUUAUUAUGUUCUCAGUAAUAGGUGACACCUAUGAGCAGAAUAUCGAGCCAAACCAACAUGAAGUGUAUGCAGAAGUGGGAAGUAAUGUUCUUCUUUCCUGCAACUACUCCUCAGCAGACAGUCUACUAUGGUAUAAACAGUCUCCAGGAUCAGCUCCCCAAUACCUUCUGCUCAUCCCGCACUACAGUGGGAUUGAACAGAGAGCUGAUUCUCUUGACUCUCGCUUCUCUGGUAAACUGAACAAAGAGAAGACCCGUGUGGAUCUGGAGAUCUCCUCUGCUGAAGUGAUAGACUCUGCUCUGUACUACUGUGCUCUGAGGCCCACAGUGACAGGAAACCCAGAAACACUGUACAAAAACCACCCUGGAUCCUCUCCACAGUUCCUCAUAGUGGACUACUCUGGGAUCAUAACCAACACUGAUAGUACAAAAUGGACCCUCACACAUGAAAAAGAGAAGACCCGUGUGGAUCUGGAUAUCUCUUCUACUGAAGUUACAGACUCCGCUCUGUACUACUGUACCCUGCAGCCCAGAGUGACAGGAAACCCAGAGACACUACAAAGACACUACAAAGACCUAGAACAUCUGAUUACUGGGAGAAAGUUAUCAACAAGCAGAUUAAUGAAUAUGUCCUAA